GAUCGUAUAAGUAGAUAGUUUUGAUUAACCUAGAUAUCUCCAUUCUUGUAGAAACUUCACUGCUCAGUGAGGUUCUAAUUGUUUCUUCGAAUUGAGUUGAUUGCACUGCCGUAUAAACCCUAAUUUCGUGGUCCUUGGGGACUCUCACAGUUUCCGAACCCUUAUUCUUGAUUUUCUGAAUUGCCUGAGUUCUCUCUUGUUGCUGAUUUGUUUUGAAAGAUGGAUUUUGGAGGUCAUUCUUCUCAUCGAUGGAUCUGGGUUUUAAAAUUGAGCUCGUAGUUUCUAUGUUUUGGAGCAAAUAUCAUCUCCGUUAGUUACUUUUAUACGCUCGGUGGCAUUAGUGUGUUUAAGUUUUUCACAGCUAAUCUCUGUUAGUUACUUAUACGGUGAUGGAUCCUUUUUAGGUUUAUUCUCUGUAUCAAUGAAGAUUUUGUAUCAAACACAAACCUAAUACUGGUUCCUUGACUGGUAAUGUAAGUAUUUGGGUUGUUAAGUCCAUGGAAAAAUCAGGCCCUGUGCAGAAAGCCGUUGUGCUCCAGCCAUUUGUCAAGCUGGUGAGGCUUGUCGCGAGGGCUUUCUAUGAUGAUUAUACUACGAAAAGCGAUAAUCAGCAGAAAUCUGCAAGAAGUGACAACAGAGGGAUUGCCGCUGUGGUGCUAGACGCCCUGGCGAGGCGGCAAUGGGUUAGAGAAGAAGAUUUGGCAAAAGAUUUGCAAUUGCACGCCAAGCAACUUCGAAAAAUAAUAAGACUCUUUGAAGAAGAAAAGUUGAUUAUGCGUGACCACCGGAAAGAGACUGCAAAGGGGGCAAAGAUGUAUAGUGCUGCAGUGGCUGCUACAACUGAUGGCCGAGCAGAGGACAAAGUUAAGCUUCACACCCACUCGUAUUGUUGUCUCGAUUAUGCACAGAUAUGUGAUGUUGUUCGUUUUAGACUGCAUCGGAUGAAAAAAAGGCUCAAAGAUGAGCUAGAAGAUAAGAAUACUGUUCAGGAGUAUGGCUGUCCUAACUGCCAAAGAAAAUAUAAUGCGCUGGAUGCUCUGAGAUUAAUUUCUAUGGAAGACGAUUCUUUUCAUUGUGAAAAUUGCAAUGGUGAACUUGUUGUGGAAUGUAACAAGCUAACUUCCGAAGAAGUUGUUGAUGGAGAUGAUAAUGCUAGGAGACGGCGGCGGGAAAAACUAAAAAAUAUGCUUCAGAAGUUGGAGGUUCAAAUGAAACCUCUGAUGGAUCAGUUAAAUAGAGUAAAAGACCUACCAAUUCCUGAAUUUGGAUCUUUUCUGGCAUGGGAGGCUCGUGCAGCUAUGGCUGCUCGCGCGAAUGGUGAUCUUAACCCUAAUGAUCCUUUGAGGUCACAGAGUGGGUAUGGUUCAACACCAAUGCCAUUUCUCGGAGAGACAAAGGUUGAGGUUAACCUUGGCGAUGGAAACGAAGAUGUUAAAUCUAAAGGUGGAGAUUCCAGUCUGAAAGUCUUGCCUCCAUGGAUGAUCAAGGAAGGAAUGAAUCUGACCGAAGAACAAAGAGGAGAGAUGAGACAGGAAGCAAAGGUUGAUGGUGGCUCAAGAGGAGCAGCAAAACUUUCAGAAGACAAGAAAUCAGCCAGUGGAAAUGGAGAUGAGAAGGAUUUGAAGGAUGAGUAUCUCAAAGCUUACUACUUAGAACUUCUGAAGCAGCAAGAGCUUGCUGCAAGACGAAAUCAACAAGAAUCCGCUGGGGAAUCAGCUUCUGACAUCCAGUUGGGUACUACAUCCUCAGGUCGUCAGGUUAGUAUGAAGGCCAAACGUGAAGAAGAAGAUGAAGACGAAGAUGAAGAAGAUGUUGAAUGGGAAGAAAAGGCUCCUGUUGCAGCUAAUGGAAACUACAAGGUGGACUUGAAUGUGGAAGCAGAAGCUUCGGGUGGUGAAGAAGAAGAAGAGGAAGACGACAUCGAUUGGGAAGAAGGCUGAAAGCAAAUGGAUCAACCAUUGAUCAUAGAAUGAAGAAGUGGUCGAUUGUGAAUUCUCAUGUACACUAAUGACUUUUAGUAUCUCAUCAGCUACACCAAAUUUCUCAUAUUGUACUUGUCGAAGCAGACGAAAGGUUAAUAUAUCUGUUAAACAAAAUGGUUUUGGACCAAAGUCCAAUUUACAAGUGUUGUUGUUUUA